AUGCCUGGUCAAGGCCUACCAUCCUUACUUUCUUUACAUUCAAGCGAUUCACCGAGAGAUGCACCCGUGACCUCGAACGAUGAAUCAGAUGAAAAUCCGAGACCAGGCGAAAGAGGAAGAGGACACGAGCAAGUGUCCGAAGUUCCACGACAUCGACCUAAUUUGGAUGGCCGCAACCCGGAUGUUAUGUACGAUCUACAAUGGGACACGAAAGAUAUUAUUGCCUUCGACCCGCCUGCCUCACCGAACGGAGAGCCCAGCCCAGUCGACCCACGCAUGUUGGAGCUCCUAAGGUCCGAAAUCGAGUCUCCCACGACGGAGAACGGCGUAGCGCAUGUCGCAUCUGGAGUACGGCAGCCCAAAACGAAUGCACCACUUCCCGAAAGACUGGCAUAUGUUCUCGAAAGCAUACAUCGUUCGGGAUUCGACGGCCCGGAAAGCGUAAUAUCAGACUACUACACCUCGGACUUCCGCCUCUUUCCCCGACUCGCAAGCUCGCAGCACCUAAGCCGAAAUCGAAAGCUGCCUGGAAUCCUGUCCGACUUGCGAACUAGCGCCCCGUCUUGGACUGAGUGGGAGGCACAGGGCUACAAAGGCGAGAUUAUCCGGUCCGCUGAAAGCAUACUAGCAGCUGAGCGGAAGAAGCUGGUAGCCUCCACCACGCUCCAGCAAUUCAUAGACAAACACGAGAAAUGCGACGGACCAGAGAACGGAAAGGAGGACGAAGGUCUGCAGGCAGCCUUCAUUAUUGCUAUUUUUCAACGAGAGGUCAGGUUCCUCGGAAAACGCUUGAGCAGGAAAAAGAACUUUAGCUGA